AUGUUUCGGAAUAGUCUCAAGAUGCUUCUCACAGGUGGGAAAUCAAGUCGCAAAAACAGGUCAAGUGACGGAGGGAGCGAGGAACCACCCGAUCGAAGACAGUCAAGUGUAGACUCUCGCCAAAGCCGCUCAGGGCAAGGUGGCAUCUCCACAGAAAGUGACUGUGCUUUUGAGCCAGACUAUGCCGUCCCACCACUUCCAGUGAGUGAAGGUGAUGCGGAACAAGAACUUGGCCCCCCUCCAUCUGUAGAUGAGGCAGCAAACACACUCAUGACUCGUCUGGGUUUCCUCCUUGGAGAGAAAGUCGCAGAAGUUCAGCCAGGUGACCAGUAUAGCAUGGACGUACAGGAUGAAAGCCAGACAUCAGCAAUCACCCAGCGCAUAAGUCCCUGUUCCACCCUGACCAGCAGCACUGCCUCUCCACCAGCCAGCAGCCCCUGUUCCACCCUCCCGCCAAUCAGUACAAAUGCUACUGCCAAGGAUUGCAGCUAUGGGGCUGUCACUAGUCCAACCUCCACUCUUGAAAGCAGAGAUAGUGGCAUCAUUGCCACCUUGACAAGCUAUUCUGAAAAUGUGGAACGCACAAAAUAUGUUGGAGAAAGCAGUAAAGAAUUAGGAUCUGGAGGAAAUCUGAAACCGUGGCAAUCUCAAAAAUCCAGCAUGGACUCCUGUUUAUAUCGAGUAGAUGAAAACAUGAUGGCUUCUACCUAUAGUCUCAAUAAAAUCCCAGAGAGGAAUUUGGAAACUGUUUUGUCCCAAUCAGUACAAUCUAUUCCACUAUAUCUCAUGCCACGGCCAAAUUCAGUAGCAGCCACCAGCUCUGCUCACUUAGAGGAUCUUGCUUACCUGGAUGAACAGAGACACACACCUUUGAGAACUUCUCUUCGAAUGCCACGACAGAGCAUGGGCGGUGCUCGGACACAGCAGGAUUUAAGAGUUCACUUUGCACCCUAUAGGCCUCCAGAUAUCUCCCUGAAGCCUCUGCUCUUUGAAGUGCCCAGCAUCACUACCGAGUCUGUAUUUGUUGGCCGGGACUGGGUUUUCCAUGAAAUUGAUGCUCAACUGCAAAGUUCAAAUGCCAGUGUGAACCAAGGAGUAGUGAUUGUGGGAAAUAUCGGAUUUGGCAAAACUGCCAUCAUCUCCAGACUUGUGGCCCUUAGCUGCCACGGCACACGAAUGAGACAGAUCGCCUCCGACAGCCCGCAUGCUUCUCCCAAACAUGUGGAUGCCAACAGAGAGCUGCCAUUAACACAGCCACCUUCAGCCCACUCAUCUAUUACCAGUGGAAGCUGCCCAGGAACCCCAGAAAUGCGCAGGCGGCAGGAGGAGGCCAUGCGGAGACUAGCCUCGCAGGUGGUCGCAUAUCACUAUUGCCAAGCAGAUAAUGCCUACACCUGCCUCGUGCCAGAGUUUGUUCACAACGUUGCUGCCCUACUCUGCCGCUCACCUCAACUGUCAGCAUAUUGGGAACAGCUUCUUCGAGAGCCUCACCUACAGAGCAUGCUGAGUCUUCGGUCCUGUGUUCAAGACCCCAUGGCCUCCUUCCGCAGAGGAAUCCUAGAACCCCUGGAGAAUCUCCACAAAGAGAGAAAAAUCCCAGAUGAAGAUUUCAUCAUUUUAAUUGAUGGAUUAAAUGAAGCAGAAUUUCACAAACCAGAUUAUGGGGAUACAAUUGUGUCAUUUCUGAGUAAAAUGAUUGGAAAAUUUCCUUCUUGGCUCAAACUAAUUGUAACAGUUAGGACCAGUUUACAGGAAAUUACCAAGCUGCUGCCUUUCCAUAGGAUUUUUUUGGAUCGACUAGAAGAGAAUGAAGCCAUAGACCAGGACCUGCAGGCUUAUAUCCUGCACCGGAUACACAGCAGCUCAGAGAUCCAGAAUAACAUUUCACUUAAUGGCAAAAUGGACAACACUACAUUUGGCAAACUCAGUUCUCAUCUCAAGACCCUCAGCCAAGGGUCCUAUCUAUACCUGAAACUCACAUUUGACCUCAUAGAGAAAGGCUAUCUAGUAUUAAAGAGCUCUAGCUACAAAGUAGUUCCUGUUUCACUCUCUGAGGUUUAUUUACUCCAGUGCAAUAUGAAGUUCCCAACCCAGUCUUCCUUUGACCGGGUGAUGCCUCUCCUGAAUGUGGCAGUGGCCUCUCUCCAUCCACUGACUGAUGAACAUAUCUUCCAGGCCAUCAAUGCUGGUAGCAUUGAAGGCACACUAGAAUGGGAGGAUUUUCAGCAGAGAAUGGAAAACCUCUCCAUGUUUCUAAUCAAGCGCAGAGACAUGACUCGUAUGUUUGUACAUCCUUCUUUUCGAGAAUGGCUUAUCUGGAGAGAAGAAGGAGAGAAAACCAAAUUUCUCUGUGAUCCCAGGAGUGGUCACACAUUACUUGCCUUCUGGUUUUCCCGCCAAGAGGGGAAACUAAAUCGACAGCAGACUAUUGAACUGGGACAUCACAUCCUCAAAGCACAUAUAUUUAAGGGUCUGAGUAAAAAAGUUGGUGUGUCUUCCUCCAUCCUCCAAGGUCUCUGGAUCUCUUAUAGCACAGAAGGUCUUUCCAUGGCAUUGGCAUCUUUACGAAAUCUCUACACUCCAAAUAUAAAGGUCAGCCGAUUGCUGAUUUUGGGAGGUGCCAAUAUUAACUACCGAACCGAGGUUUUAAAUAACGCUCCAAUUCUAUGUGUUCAGUCUCACCUCGGUUACACGGAAAUGGUGGCCCUUCUGUUGGAAUUUGGGGCCAACGUGGAUGCCUCUUCUGAAAGUGGCCUAACUCCUCUGGGGUAUGCUGCAGCAGCAGGGUACCUAAGUAUUGUUGUGCUCCUGUGCAAGAAACGGGCCAAGGUGGAUCACUUGGAUAAGAAUGGACAGUGUGCAUUAGUCCAUGCUGCACUCCGAGGGCAUUUAGAAGUUGUCAAGUUCUUGAUUCAGUGUGACUGGACUAUGGCUGGCCAGCAACAAGGAGUGUUUAAGAAGAGCCAAGCCAUCCAACAGGCCCUCAUUGCUGCAGCCAGCAUGGGUUUCACGGAGAUUGUCUCCUACCUGCUUGAUCUUCCAGAAAAAGAUGAAGAGGAAGUGGAGCGAGCACAGAUCAACAGCUUUGACAGUCUCUGGGGAGAGACAGCCCUGACAGCUGCAGCCGGAAGGGGCAAACUGGAGGUGUGCCGCCUGCUCUUAGAACAAGGAGCAGCUGUGGCUCAACCAAACCGCCGAGGGGCAGUGCCCCUAUUCAGUACCGUUCGUCAGGGCCACUGGCAGAUUGUUGAUCUUUUACUCACUCAUGGAGCUGAUGUCAACAUGGCAGACAAACAGGGUCGGACUCCCUUGAUGAUGGCUGCUUCUGAAGGCCACCUAGGAACUGUGGACUUUCUGUUAGCACAAGGUGCCUCCAUUGCUUUAAUGGACAAAGAAGGACUUACAGCCCUUAGCUGGGCUUGUUUGAAGGGUCAUCUCUCAGUAGUACGCUCUCUUGUGGAUAAUGGAGCUGCCACAGACCAUGCUGACAAAAAUGGCCGCACCCCACUGGAUCUGGCAGCUUUCUAUGGUGAUGCAGAAGUGGUCCAGUUCCUGGUGGAUCAUGGGGCCAUGAUUGAGCAUGUUGACUACAGCGGAAUGCGCCCUCUGGAUAGGGCAGUGGGGUGCCGGAACACUUCUGUUGUUGUCACCCUUCUGAAGAAAGGAGCCAAGAUAGGUCCAGCCACAUGGGCGAUGGCUACCUCCAAACCAGACAUCAUGAUCAUCCUGUUGAGCAAGCUGAUGGAAGAGGGGGACAUGUUUUAUAAGAAAGGUAAAGUAAAGGAAGCUGCCCAGCGCUACCAGUACGCUCUGAAGAAAUUCCCCAGAGAAGGGUUUGGUGAGGACUUGAAAACCUUCCGGGAAUUAAAGGUGUCUCUCCUCCUCAACCUCUCUCGAUGUCGCAGGAAAAUGAACGAUUUUGGAAUGGCGGAGGAAUUUGCUACUAAGGCCCUGGAGCUGAAACCGAAAUCUUAUGAAGCUUACUAUGCAAGAGCAAGGGCAAAACGCAGCAGCAGACAGUUUGCAGCAGCCUUAGAGGACCUGAACGAGGCCAUCAAGCUGUGUCCAAACAACCGUGAGAUCCAGAGACUUCUGUUGAGAGUGGAGGAAGAGUGUAGACAGAUGCAGCAGCAGCAGCAGCAGCCACCGCCGCCACCGCCACCUCAGCAACAGCCUCAGCAGCAGUUACCAGAAGAAACAGAACCUGAACCGCAGCAUGAAGACCUGUAUGCUGUACAAGAUCUGUUUGAGGAAGAGUACCUGGAACAGGAUGUUGAAAAUGUUUCCAUUGGCCUCCAGACCGAGGCUCGGCCCAGUCAGGGGCUCCCAAUAAUCCAGAGCCCCCCCUCCUCUCCAGCCCAUCGGGAGUCCACCUACAUCUCAAGCUCACCUCUUGGCUCACAUCAGGUUUUUGACUUCCGGUCUAAUAGUUCUGUAGGUUCUCCCACUAGACAGAGCUAUCAGUCCACCUCACCUGCUCUUUCUCCAACUCACCAGAACUCUCAUUACAGGCCUAGUCCACCACAUACAUCCCCAGCUCAUCAGAGUGGAUCCUAUCGUUUUAGCCCCCCUCCUGUAGGAGGGCAGGGCAAAGAGUACCCAAGCCCUCCUCCUUCUCCUCUCCGGAGAGGCCCUCAGUAUCGAGCCAGUCCUCCAGCUGAAAGUAUGAGUGUCUAUAGGUCCCAGUCUGGUUCACCCGUGCGCUAUCAGCAAGAAACAAACGUUAGUCAGCUUCCUGGCAGACCAAAAUCUCCACUAUCUAAAAUGGCCCAGCGACCCUACCAGAUGCCUCAGCUUCCUGUUGCAGUUCCCCAGCAAGGGCUCAGGCUACAGCCUGCCAAGGCCCAGAUUGUACGAAGCAACCAGCCCAGCUCGGCAGUUCAUUCAAGCACUGUCAUCCCCACGGGAGCCUAUGGCCAAGUUGCCCAUUCAAUGGCUGGUAAAUACCAGUCUUCACAAGGAGACAUGGGAGUAAGUCAGAGCCGAUUAGUCUAUCAGGGGUCAAUUGGGGGAAUUGUGGGUGAUGGGAGACCUGUGCAGCAUGUCCAGGCCAGUCUGAGUGCAGGUGCUAUCUGUCAGCAUGGAGGGUUGACCAAAGAAGAUCUUCCCCAGCGACCUUCCUCAGCAUAUCGAGGUGGCAUGAGAUACAGCCAGACACCACAGAUUGGCCGUAGCCAGUCAGCAUCCUAUUACCCAGUCUGUCACUCAAAACUAGAUCUGGAACGUUCCUCUAGCCAACUAGGUUCACCUGAUGUGUCACAUUUAAUCAGAAGACCUAUUAGUGUCAACCCUAAUGAAAUCAAGCCCCACCCGCCAACUCCCAGGCCACUGCUUCACUCCCAAAGUGUAGGCCUCCGCUUCUCUCCAUCUAGCAAUAGUAUCUCAUCCACCUCCAACCUAACGCCUACCUUCCGGCCUUCUUCUUCUAUCCAGCAAAUGGAGAUCCCACUAAAACCGGCUUAUGAUAGGUCAUGUGACGAGCUGUCACCGGUAUCUCCCACUCAGGGAGGUUACCCGAGUGAGCCCACGCGAUCCAGGACCACACCAUUUAUGGGGAUCAUAGAUAAGACAGCCCGGACUCAACAGUACCCCCACCUUCACCAGCAGAAUCGGACCUGGGCAGUGUCGUCAGUGGAUACCGUUAUCAGUCCCACAUCUCCAGGCAACCUGCCUCAGCCUGAGUCCUUCAGUCCACCGUCAUCCAUCAGCAACAUUGCCUUUUAUAACAAAACCAACAAUGCACAGAAUGGCCAUUUGCUGGAGGACGAUUAUUACAGUCCCCAUGGGAUGCUGGCUAACGGGUCCCGGGGAGACCUCUUGGAGAGAGUCAGCCAGGCCUCCUCGUACCCUGACGUGAAGGUAGCUCGGACCCUCCCUGUGGCUCAGGCAUACCAGGACAACCUAUACAGGCAGUUGUCCCGGGACUCUCGACAAGGGCAGACAUCUCCUAUCAAACCAAAGAGACCAUUUGUGGAGUCUAAUGUCUAA